CAGCGCAGCGGUAUGCACAGUUCCCCAGUCUGGUACGGCUUCGGCUGUCGGGGCCGGGCCCAGUCGGUUUUGCUAGCCUCUCUGAGAGGGCGGGUGCCUUUUAGGGCAGCGAUCCCGCGGUGGAAAGGGAGGCAGAGUCGUAGGGGACCCUGGCCCUUGCCCCAGCUAGAGAGGGAAGAGAGUUUGGCCGGCCUGCGGGCGAAAGCGUCGGUUCCCUUUCCACAGGGGAGGGGCGGAUGGACGGGCUUCUGACUCCCAGGGAGUCCGCAGAAUUCAUUGCGGAGAACAGUCGAGAUGUGUUCAUUGACGGCGGAGGCGUGCGGAGGGUGGCCGAGCUUCUGCUGGCCAAGGCCGCGGGGCCCGAGCUGCGCGUUGGGGCCUGGAAGGCCCUUCAUGAGCUGAACCCCAAGGCGGCGGACGAGGCCGCCGUUAACUGGGUGUUCGUGACAGACACGCUCAACUUCUCCUUCUGGUCGGAGAGUGACGAGCACAGAUGUCUGGUGGGGUACGGGGGGAAAACGUACAGUGGGUACUGGUCCCUGUGCGCCGCGGUCAACAGAGCCCUGGACGAAGGGAUACCAAUAACUAGUGCUUCGUACUAUGCCACAGUUACCCUGGAUGAGGUUCGGCAUAUACUCCGUUCUGAUACAGACGUCCCCAUGCCUUUGAUAGAAGAGAGGCAUCGGAUUCUCAAUGAAACCGGGAAAAUUCUGCUUGAGAAAUUUGAAGGCUCUUUUCUUAAUUGUGUCCGAAAAAGUGAUAAAAGUGCUCAGAAGUUAUUGCACCUGGUAGUUGAAAGCUUUCCUUCUUAUAGAGAUGUGACUCAGUUUGAGGGGAAAAGAAUUUCUUUUUACAAACGGGCCCAAAUCCUUGUGGCAGAUACGUGGAGUGUAUUAGAGGGAAAAGGAGAUGGCUGCUUUAAGGACAUCUCCAGAAUCACCAUGUUUGCUGACUAUAGAUUACCUCAGGUUCUUGUUUACCUGGGAGCCCUGAAAUACUCUGACGAACUACUGGAGAAACUUCUCAAAGGAGAAGUGCUUUCGUAUGGGAAUAGGCAAGAGGUGGAAAUCAGAGGGUGUUCACUUUGGUGUGUUGAGCUGAUCCGGGAUUGUCUUCUGGAGCUUACUGAAAAAAAGGAUGAAAAAACUAGUGGAGAGAUCAAUUCCAUUCUUCUGGAUUAUUUCUUAUGGGACUAUGCCCGUGAUCACAGGGAAGAUAUGAAAGGAAUUCCAUUUCAUCGCACACGUUGCAUAUAUUAUUGACCCACAGUGUAAACUGAUCCUAAAAAAAACUUGCAUUUUUUUUUUUUUUCUUUGUGGUAUGUGGGCCUCUCACUGCUGUGACCUCUCCCGUUGCGGGGCACAGGCUCCGGACGCGCAGGCUCAGCGGCCAUGGCUCACGGGCCCAGCCGCUCCGCGGCAUGUGAGAUCUUCCCAGACCGGGGCACGAACCCGUGUCCCCUGCAUCGGCAGGCGGACUCUCAACUACUGUGCCGCCAGGGAAGCCCUAAAAACUUGCAUUUUUAUAUCGCAUAAUUAUUUGUAUAAUUUUGCUUUGUUAUUAGAGAAGGUGGUAGAGGUUACAGCAACAAGAAAAUUGAUUACCCAGGCUCUCUUAAAAUAUUUUUCCUGACAUAUCACUCUGUAUUGCCAACUUUUCCCUUUGUUUGCUUGUUUAGUUCUACCUAUAUUUUCCUUUUCUGUGGAUACAUGACAGAAAUAGUAAAGGAAAUUUAAUGCUUUCUUUAAAUCUCAGAUUUCUUUUUUUUUUUUACAUCUUUAUUGGAGUAUAAUUGCUUUACAGUGGUGUGUUAGUUUCUGCUUUAUAACAAAGUGAAUCAGUUAUACAUAUACAUAUGUUCCCAUAUCUCUUCCCUCUUGUGUCUCCCUCCCUCCCACCCUCCCUACCCAGAUUUCUUAAAAUUAAUCAUGCCUUAUAAUGUUAUUGAUCUUUGGUAAUAAUAUUUCAUCCAUUCUAUUGGUAUCUUUUUUCAAGGUGUCAUAAUUUUCUAUAUACCUUAAUCAUUUGAUAUAAGAGAGAGGGAAAGUAGGGUCUUUGCUGUAUGAAUGCUGCUGCUCUUGUAGAAAUCAAUCUUGACAGAUUUUUAAAAACUUCUUAUUGAUAAACAUAAUGAUUUUCAAUUAGGAUAUCUGUCCAGUUUUCUUUUUUUCCUUCGGAGUAACUAUAUUAGAAUUUAUUGAAUAAAGAUUUUUUAAACGUC